CACGCAGGGAAGUUGCAAGCCUCCACAUCCAACACAACCGCCCAGCUAGCCAGGUUUGCAACUGGAAGAUAAUAUUAAAGUACAGCUUUCUUUGGAUAAAGGAAAGAGACACAGAGACAGACAAUACCGUAGCAUGGUUGUGGUUGGAGGAUUUUCAGUGCGGCUUGUGGAAGCCCUCACCAAGACACCAUUUCUAGAACUUGCACACAACGGGACUAUCUACGCAGAGGUGGAACCAGAUGCCGAAUACCUGAUCGAAGUCGAGUACGUUGGAGAUGACAUAGAAGGCACAGUCCUCUAUGAAUGGACCGUAGAUGGAAAAGAAGUGGACUUUCAAAAGACACUAGACCGAAGCAGCCCGCCCUACCUGAUUGGGCUUCCCUAUCGAGAUGAAGAGGGCGUCCGCAAGAAAGUGGCAUGGCGUUUUGCCAAGACCACAAGAAUCUCCGGAAAUAGCACAGGAAGCAAUGCAGGUGGUGGCACAUCUACUGGUGGCUCCAACAACAUCUUUGGGACUGUCGUAGUUGACAUAUAUGACACUCUUGAAGCGGGGAGAAAGAAACCAUAUCGCACCAAGCCCAAGCCCUAUACGCCAAACUUUGAAGAAUCUCCUCCUCCACGAUCUCCAUCUCCCACUGAACAGGAGAAUGCAGAGGAACCGAAACCUACCAAGAAGGACGAGAAAAAGAGAGUCCGCUCUAUUGUUGGAGAGACCAAGGUGACCAAGUCCUAUCGCCCCAUGCAAAGCUCCAGCGCCAGCCACACUGUGAUUAUCAAAAAGGCCGAGGCACGCAUCAAAGCCCCCCCAAAGAAGAACAUGGCGUACAAAAUAGGGAAACGGUUGCAGCAAAUUGAGAUUAAAUACCGCACGACCGUGGGUCUCAUCCAUGAGGGUGUUCUGGCCACGCCACCUUUCUGGGACAUGUACCGCUUGGAAUGCAAGGCAAAAGGUAGCAACCAAGGAGGCACACCCAUGGAGGACAUGUCUCAUGUUCCGCGGAAGACGAUUCGAUUCAAUGCCCGGUAUGAUGGAGGCUUGCUGGUCUGCCCCGCCAAAAAAGUGGAUCUGUUUGACCUCACUGGAUUGGAUGAUUAGAACGAAUGUACCGUAGUCGGAGACCACGGUCUUUGCUAUGCAUCUGUUUGUACUGUACGCGGAAAGGUUACACAGCGAACGAAUGAAUGAUAGCAUGUUCCUGGGUUGGGCAGACCAACAACAGUGUUUCAUUUAAAAUAAAAAAUCAAGAUAGUGGUUUU